AUGGCGACGGCAUCCGAGUUCGCGUGGUCGAAAGACUUCACCAUCGGCCUCAUUGGCAUGGGCGACAUGGGCAGGAUGUAUGCCCGCCGACUGGCCAACGCUGGAUGGAGAGUCAUGGCCUGCGAUAGAGAAGAAAAAUUUGAAGAGCUUGCCAAGGAAUUUGCAGACAAUACCAAUAUUCAAAUUCUCCGCAACGGCCACCUUGUUUCGCGAGCGAGCAAUUAUAUCAUCUACAGCGUCGAGGCGGCCGCCAUUGGUCGUGUAGUCGAACAGUUCGGCCCAUCAACCCGUCUAGGCGCCAUAGUCGGAGGCCAAACCUCCUGCAAAGACCCUGAGAUCAAAGCCUUUGAGUCCUACCUCCCAUCCGACGUCGACAUCGUUUCUUGUCAUUCCCUCCACGGCCCCAACGUCGACCCCCGCGGGCAACCUUUAGUCCUGAUCAAACACCGCGCCUCUGACGAAUCUUUCCAGAAAGUCGAAUCUGUCUUGUCAUGCCUCAACUCCACACACGUCUACCUCACAGCCAAAGAGCACGACCGCAUCACGGCCGACACCCAAGCCGUCACCCACGCCGCCUUCCUCUCCAUGGGCAAAGCCUGGCACGCCAACCGCCAGUUCCCCUGGGAGGAAGGAUCUCGCUACAUCGGCGGGAUCGAAAACGUGAAAAUCAACCUCAUGCUGAGGAUCUACGCCCAAAAGUGGCACGUCUACGCCGGCUUGGCGAUCCUCAACCCAGAGGCGCACAAGCAGAUUGGGCAGUUUGCCCGGUCGAGUACUGAGUUGUUUUACCUCAUGCUUGAGGGCAGAUCCGAUGAGUUGCGUGAGAGGGUGUACAAAGCCAAAGAAAAAGUCUUUGGCGCCGAGGGGAGCCCCAAGUGGGCGGAGAGGCCGCUGCUAAAGGAGGAGCUUCUUGAUCGGUUUUCACUUAAUAAACCUUCUGGGGAAAAGGGAGGGGGGAGGGGGCUGCCGAAUAAUCACCUUAGUCUGCUGGCCAUGGUCGACUGCUGGUCUGCGCUGGGGAUCGUGCCCUACGACCACAUGAUUUGCUCGACGCCUCUCUUUCGGCUUUGGCUGGGCGUGGCGGAGCAUCUGUUCAGGACCCCAGGGUUGCUGGAUGAGUGUUUGCGGGUGGGGAUUGAAGACAAGAGCUUCAGGAGGGACGAUUUGCAGUUUGCGAUUGCCGCGGCCGGUUGGGCAGAGUGUGUCAGUCUGAGGCAGUUUGACACUUGGAGGGAGAGGUUCGCCGUGACGCAAAAGUUCUUUGAGCCGAGAUUCAAGGGGGCCGUGGAGGUAGGGCAGGCCAUGAUUAAGGCUGUGUUGGAGAGCGAGAAGGAGUAG